GAUGUAAACGUGCUUAGCGAGGGCUUAGGUUCUGUUCGAAGUUUCAUCGGCGUCUACAGGGUAUGACGUCAGCUGGAAAUACUAUGGAGCACCCAGCCACCCUACAGAGGAAACUCAUUUCGGCCACUUGUAUCCGGGAUCUCAUCCUUUUGAUCGAGACCAUAGGUGAGAGGAACCCGGUUGAUGCCUUCUCCAAAUCCACAAAACACCUGUGGACUGGUUGGGCAAACUCCCAGUAACCCUCCAGUAUCCUGAAGAGAGUAUAGAGCUGGUCCAGUGUUCCACGUCCAGGACCUGCAUUGUUCCUCCUGAAGCUGAGGUUCGACUAUCGGAUGUAUUUUCCGCUCCAGUACCCUGACUUUCCCAGGGAGGCUGAGGAGUGUGAUUUCCCCCUAUAGUUGGAGCACACCUUCUGGUCCCCCUUCUUAAAAAGAGCAACCACCACCCCGGUCUGCCAGUCCAGAGGGACUAUUCCCCGCGUCCAUGCGACACUGCAGAGGCGUGCCAGCCAAGACAACCCCACAGCAUUCAGAGACCUGAGGUACUCCGGGCCACCGAGGAGCUUCUCAACAACUUCAGUGACCUCAGCCAGGGUGACGGUCGAGUACCCCCCCAUCACACCCUCCAGGUGUCGCAAGCAUCACCAACGUGAGCACUGAAGUCAGCAGGACGAGUACUUUCCAGCACCCCUCCCAAGGACUAUACAAAUGGCACAAAUGACAGUGAGAGUCCUCCCCUCAACCCGUUGCAGGGAGGUGACCCUCUCGUCCAACGGGGUAAACUCCAACACAUGGCAGCUAAGCUGGGUGACUAUGAGCAAGCUGCUGGCAACACCAGAGUAGUGAAGAGUCCAGCCCCUUUCGAGGAGAUUGGUUCCAGAGCCCAAGCUGCGCGUGGAGGGGUUGGGUUGCCGAGGUCCCCGCCUUCGACUGCCGUCCAAACCACAAGUUACUGGCCCCUUCCGGUCCCUCCUGCAGGUGGUGGGCCCACACAAGACACGGCCACCAGGCGCUCACAUACCGGCCCCAGCCCCAGGCCUAGCUCCAUGAUCUGCCAUGAAGGAUGAUGAAGACACAUUCAAGAUCCUCAUUGCUACUGACAUUCACCUUGGAUACUUAGAGAAGGAUGCCAUAAGAGGAAAUGACACGUUCAUAACCUUUGACGAGAUCAUGAAACAAGCUGUGCAAAAUGAGGUUGACUUUGUUUUGCUGGGUGGGGAUCUGUUCCAUGACAAUAAACCAUCCCGCAAAACUAUGCACUGCUGCAUGGAGGUGAUGAGAAAGUACUGCAUGGGUGAUCGGCCAAUCAUCUUUGAAAUCCUUAGUGAUCAGGCUGUCAAUUUCUGUCACAGCAAAUUUCCGUGGGUAAACUACUUGGACAGUAAUCUCAACAUCUCCAUCCCUGUCUUCAGUGUGCAUGGUAACCAUGAUGACCCAACAGGGGCUGAUGGCCUAUGUGCUAUAGACCUGUUGAGUUGCGCUGGCCUGAUUAAUCAUUUUGGCCGAAGUCGUUCAGUAGAGAAACUUGAGAUCAGUCCAGUUCUUCUGCAGAAAGGAAACACCAGGAUUGCACUUUACGGAAUUGGUUCAAUUCCAGAUGAGAGACUCUACCGGAUGUUCAUCAAUAACCAGGUGACCAUGCUUCGGCCCAAGGAGAAUGAAGAUGGCUGGUUCAACUUAUUUGUCAUCCAUCAAAACAGGAGUAAGCAUGGAGCAACAAACUACAUCCCUGAACAGUUUUUGGAUGAUUUCCUAGAUUUGGUGGUGUGGGGUCAUGAGCAUGAGUGUAAAAUUGCUCCAGUCCGUAAUGAACAGCAUCUCUUCUAUGUCACUCAGCCCGGCAGCUCCGUCAUCACCUCACUGUCACCAGGAGAAGCUGUCAAAAAGCACAUUGGGUUAUUGAGAGUGAAAGGUAAAAAAAUGAAUCUUCAGAAAAUUCCUCUACAAACUGUCAGGCAGUUCUUCAUUCAGGAUGUGACACUCUCAGAGCACCCAGACCUUUUCAGCCCAGAGCAACCCAACGUCAUGCUUAAAGUUAUGGAUUUCUGUCAGGAUAAGGUUGAAGAGAUGAUUGAAGAGGCAGAGAGACAGAGACUUGGAAAUUCUGCAACUCCUGAGAAACCUCUCAUCCGGCUAAGAGUAGAUUAUAGUGGAGGUUUUGAAGUUUUUAACACUAUGCGCUUUAGUCAGAAGUUUGUAGAUCAAGUGGCAAAUCCCAAAGACAUCCUGCAUUUUAUCAGACACAGAGAAGCCAAAGACAACAUUAAAGAAGAAGGUAUGGACUUUGAAGCAAUACUCUCUCGUCCCACCUCUGAGGUCUUGCAACUGAGAGUGGAAGAUCUUGUAAAGGAAUACUUUCAGAAAGCUGAAAAGAAUGUGCAGUUGUCUCUGUUGACGGAGCAAGGCAUGGGAAAGGCAGUGCAGGAGUUUGUGGAUAAGGAGGAGAAAGAUGCUAUUGAAGAACUCAUAAAAUACCAGUUGGAGAAAACCCAACGCUACCUCAGAGAACGACGGGUGGAAGCCACAGAGGAGAAGAUUGACGAGGAGAUUCGACAGUUUCGAGAAUCAAAGAGAAACACAGCAGAAGAGGAUGAGGAAGUGCAUGAGGCUAUAAUUCGUGCAAAAGCUCAAAGGGACCGCAGUGAGUCUGUUAGAGAUGAACUCAACCUAUCAGCUGAAUCAGCUGACAUUGCUGUGGAGUCAGAUGAAGAGUCCACUUCUGCUCCUACAAUCCGUGGGAGGGGGCGUGGUUCCCGAGGUACAAGCAGAAGAGGAAGAGGAAGAGGUACUGCCUCAAAGUUAGGGCGGAGUGGACAUGGACAGAAAGGAUCUUUCUCAAGUGCUCUGACAAGCAAGUCAAUAAUGGAUGCAUUCCAGGGUUCAACUCAGCGGACGUCUCGUGGAAACACACCAAAGACAUAUUCUGAAGAGAUUACCAUAGAUGACAGUGAUUCAGAUGAGAAUGUUGCAUUUUCAAAAUGUUCCAGGCCAAAACAAAAGUUGACUUCGCUAAGUGCCAGUAAGAGGGGCUCCCAAAGCCAAUCUCUUAAAGGAGUAUGCUUUGAUGAUGAAGACGAGGGAGAGUUUGAUCCAUUCAAAGGGUCAAGGCUGCAGCACAGAUAAGGAAAGAAACCCAAUUGCAUGUCUAGUAGUAAAUCAGUUUCUUUUCUCAGUCCUUCCAGGGUUUUUGCAGAGAUUUCAGUAAAGUUGUGUGUUCAAGGUUAAUUUGCCUACAGUUGUUUAAAAACUAUAUUAGAUGUUGAACAUUGUUGCCUUUUAUAAUUGUUUUUUUGCUGUCUCAAAUAUGUAUUUGAGGACAUGUAUGUAAACGUGUUUAUUAAGGCAAAAAUGUGCUGUUGUUUGAUCUAAGCCAAUAAAAACCAUAAACUCUGA